AUGCUUCUGGCAUUUUGGCGGGGCAAGGAAGUGCCGCUGGUCACCGUGGGAGACGCGCUAUCGAGCUUUCUUCAAAAGCCAGAUCCUUUGACAGAAGGUCGCUGCUUGAUGGCGAAAACUGAUGUCGCGAAAGGACCACUGCGAUGGAGCUCACCCACAUCAGAAGGCCGCGAGCUGCUAAAGCCGGUGGCGGCAUACUGGCAUCCAGUGCGCCAACGAUGGUUCGCAGCUGUCGGCAUCUGGAGAUGGGCAUUCACAUUGGGCCUGAUAACAGGGGCCCUGGGUGGUGCCGUGGCUUUGCUCGUCGUGGCCUCAAAUUUCUUGAAACUGAAGCUGGACACUGGCCAGUCUGUCUUUGGCCUAGGCUUCGGAGCUGUGGAUGCUCGCGCAGUCAUCAUUGACUCUCUCCCGAAUGCUGGUCUGGCCACGGAGGUGCUGCUCGCCAAUUUACCACAGGUGAUCUGCAGCCUGCUGUACUUUGCAUACAACGGGCUGUUCACAAGCAUGGUGUUAUCGCACGAGUACAGCCAAUACAUGCUCAGAAAUCGCCGCAAGGCAUUGCGGGUCAGUAGCCCAAAAGGCGAACAGAGGUCAAAGUACUUUCUGCACCUCCCAUAUACUUACUCGAUCCCUCUUAUUGCUAUCUCAACACUUCUCCACUGGCUGGUAUCCCAAAGCCUUUUCCUAGUCCGUGUCACCACCGGCUCGCAAGGAGAAGACUAUCGCAUAUCGUCGCUCGGCUUCUCAUGCUCGCCUAUACUGGCUACCAUCAUCGUCGGAUCUGUACUCGUACUCGGAGCCAUAGGCUUCGGCUGCCGGAAGCUUGCGAGUUCAAUGCCUCUCGCGUCCUCCUGCAGUGUUGCAAUCUCUGCCGCGUGCCACCCACCGGGCGAGGAUACCGAUGCAGCACUCCUACAAUUGUCAUGGGGGGAAGUCGGAGAAGCCAAUACUGAACUUGGACAUUGCUCAUUCACGAGUGAAGAGACUCGGAGCCCUCGGCCACGACACCUCUAUGCUGGAUGA